CGCGAAGCAAUUCAGCCUCCUGCGCGGCGCGGUACGUGUAACACCCGUGCAUGCUUGCAGCCUUAUAGGCCACAUUGUUCGAGGAUAGCUGUGUGAGCUGUCAGACUCUGUCUUGUCGCGGUCGAGACAUCGGCUGCAGUCUCAGGCGGCAUGUCGCUCUUGCCAAACACUGUUCCUCGUCCUAAUGCGCCUUCCCGUCCGGACGGGUGUGCUCUGCGCCCUUAGCCUGCCGUAUAGCACCGUCUCGUUCUCUGUAUCGCUGUCGUCGCUCGUGCAUGGGUCGUCUGCCGGCAUUCGCAUGCGUCCACAUCGCAUUCCCAGAUUUAGCCUUCUAGCCGAACCCUGCAUCGGGCCACGGCGUCAUCGGAGGCUCGUGCAGGCCAGCCACCGUUUCCCCAUAACUCCACGCGAGCCAAUCACGGCUCAGGAUCGCCAUCGCUCGCAGCUCCCCCGAUCCACAGCUCGACCUCAUCCUCUCGUGUCCUCACCUCUUUCAACCUCACGUCUGGCUUCCCUGCUCAGCGCAUAUCUCACCACCACGCGCGCAUCAUCUCUUUCAUCUCGCGCAUCAUCGCAACUUCUACGCGCUUCAAUUGAGCAGCUCUCCCGCAUUUCGCGACUAAGUCCGGAUUGUGUGGAGAAUCACGUCAUUCCAUUCGUUCCGAGCUCUGUUCAGUAGAGGCGUGCAAGAAUGGCCGAAACUCAGAUCCAGGAAGGCGACAAAGAUGGCGUAUCGAUAGUCAUCCCUACCAUACACCGAUCUGAGCGUAGAAUAUAAGCUGACAUAUCCGCGCUCUCGCAGUCUCCUGGCAAUGGGGAUCAGGGAAACCCGGCGGUGAGGUUGCCGAGGUCAAGGAGCAAGGCGAGAUCGCCAUUGAGUCCAAUAAAGGCAAUAC